UCCUUACAGUAGUAUAGAUCCCAUAGCUCUACAACGCUGCUACCGACCCAUGGACCAUCGCACCCCGACUUUCCCAAUGGGUUAUAUCAUGUCACGUGACUGAAUCAAUCACGUGUCUCUGUCCGUCUUUUCGUUCGGAUGCCCAGCUUUUUUGGUGGCAUCUGGCAUUAUCUCAGGGUUGUCCUUCUGUCCCGCCCAUCCACCAUCGUGGACCAUCCACCCAGCCACACCACAGAGAAUGGAUCUAUCCCACCAAUCGUAGGCCCUUCGCAUACAUUGUUAGGUGUAAAAUGCUUAUUAACUUGCUGCAACUUGCACCAGCCCCAGGGACGUCACCCCCUUCUGCAUAGGAAUGACAUUCGACACCAUCUCUCAGGCCCGUCACACCCUCCUCCGCCAUACAGCCGAUCGCCAUGAAUCCUACCUCGUCGCCAAAUCAGACCCCGCCCGCCACAUCACCAAGUGCCGGGAUCCUGUCUGUAAAUAUGAGGUGCGAAUCGGGACCAAGAAAGGACAGCCUCGGGUGACGGUAUACAACCCCCAUACAUGUCCCCCCUCCACCCACGACAAUUGGAAGCAAUCCCGAUCAUCCAAGCUGAAACCGGAUUAUGUGGCAGCCGACGAGGGGAGUCGGAAGUACGGCUAUGUAUCACCCGAAUCGUGGCACUGUGGCCGAAUACUGACGUCGAGUAGACAUGGACGACGUCAUUCGCAGUCGUCGAGUGAUGAGGCUGAUGGCUUGGAUCGGAAGCGUCAGCGAUCGCGCCUGGCCUGCACGCAGUGUCGGUCGCGGAGAGUCAAAUGCGAUGGGAAUGUUCCAUGCAGGAUGUGUGCGAGCUCCGGCGUCGAGUGUGAGUAUGUCCCAAGCACUCAGCCGGCAGAUGCGCGGCGUGUAGCAUCGGAUGAUGGGCAGGUAGCUGCACCACGAACGAGCGCGGUGCGCACCAGUAGCCCGUCAGCUCCUCACGGAAUCUUGGAGCCCUGGAAGCAGCGGUUCGUGGGGCGGCAGUCCUCAGUCGCGUUUCCACUGUUUGUGGGGCUGGACGUGCAGGCUCCCAAUCCCCCACGCUUGCAUUCCUUCGCCUACAAUCCGGGGGUCAGACGCGAGCCGGAAACCAGCGUCCGGUUUCAGGUUGCCGAGGUCAUUGACUGGGUGGUGGCUAAGCGCCUGAUCAAUGUCUAUGUGACCACCAUUCACCCCUUAUUCAACUUCCUGGACCACGAAAGGCUGCUUCAGCGGGCCGAGGAGCAUUGGCACGGGAAGCCUCAGGGGUUGAGCUUCGAGGCAGUGAUCUGCGGGGUCGUGGCAUUGGGGUCGUUGUUCACUGGCGUCGAAGGAGCAUUGACUCCAGAAAAAGAGCUGUGGGCCGUGCAGCACGCGAAAAGCAUCCUCGAGGACUACGUCGUCGGCCGGUUCCCGACCAUCGAGCACGUGGCCGCAUACUUCCUGCGCACGUUGUACAUGCGCACCACGAGCCGACCACAUCUCUCGUGGCUCUGCAGCUGCACGAUGAUGCAUCUAGUCGAGGCCACGGGGCUGCAGCACGGGCCUGACGGCUUCAUGUUGGCGCCCGGCAAGGCCCCGCCGGACACGGCAUCAAGACAGCCGUACAACCCCAGACGCACUGCGCAGGUAGCCGAAUGUCUGCAAACGCUGAUCGCCUGGGACUAUGGGCGGUCCGUGAUGAAUCCCACGCUGCACGCCCGGCAGGAGGACUUCUCCGCCACCUUCAAGACCGACCUUUCCUCUCAACUCUGUACCUUGGUUCAGGCCGUAGCCGUGAGCACCCCGGGCCGAGAAGUCGGCGCAAACGCGGAGGAUCAGGUAUUCGCGCUAAGGAAGGUCGUCCGUAUCGAAGUCGAUCAUGACUUCCUGGUGCUGGUGAAAGCCGAUCUCAUUUUCUGCUUAUACCGCCGACUACGCCUGAUCAAUUUCCAACUGCGCUCACGGCAGAUUGAGGAGAUCGUCAGCGCGGGCACGGCCGCGCUCGCUCCAGCACAGAGACUGGUCUUUCUGGACCAGCCCUGGUGGAAUGUCCUAGGCACCGUGUUCCAGUUCGUCUGCGUGCUGCUGGCGCUGGACACGCCGGACAGUCUCGCUGUGGUCCCGCGGGCGAUGGAGACCCUGCAAAGCAUUUCCGACCGACUCAAUACACAUUUAUCUACAGAGGCGCUAGCCACUGUCCGGCAGCUCGUGCGCGCGUCUGUGAACAAGAAGCGCCAGGGCAUCGACCACCUCGAGCGUUCGCUGGGCGAGGGCAGCCACAGCAUGAGGGACGACACUACCAUCCCCACUGCGCCAGAGGACAUCUCGUUCUAUCCUUUUGCGCAAUCAGACGCGAUUGACCUGGACUUCUUCCUGAAUAUGAGUUUCUAGCGGGAGGCUUCGCGAGUCGAGCGUAACUUGGCUCCAUCAUUGCUAGUGUA